AUGAAAGAAUACUCGUCAAAUAUCCCUUUUGGAUUCACACCAUCACGAAGGAUUGGUUAUCCUCGAGGCGAGCUACCAACAAUUAAGCCACAAAGACGAGGACUCGGGCCCAUAGAUGCCACUUUGGAAUCACACAAAACACGAGAAAACAAAAGAAAUGCUGUGAUGAAGAACUAUUUUGAAUCCAAACAAUUAAUGUCAUUCAACAAACAUCUUGAUGUCAUGAAAGCUGUGUACUUUAAGAAAAUGAAAAGAGAGAAAGUUCGUGUCGGCAAAUCUCUCUGGGAACUUGAGCAACGAAAGCGCAAAAUUAUGCGACAAAUAUACGAACAUCCUUGCACAGACGUGAAUAAUGCCAAAAACCCAGCGUUGUUUUACUUCACACAAGAAAAAGCACGAAAGAGAUCAAGGAAGCACGAGAAUAAAGAAAUCGUAAAUAAAACAUGACGAAAAUAGUUAGAGAGAAUAGCUGGAUAUCAAGUAAAUUCUUACUGCUUAAUAAUUGGCCUUAUAACUAGAAGGUAGCAGCGAACAAAAUAAUACAAUCAUCAUCAUGCAGCCAUUUCUGCAAAAAAUAGUUCGUUGCAAUGUGUGUUUACAUGACGAACCUUUCCAAUAUAGAGUGUGUUCGUUUUAGGUCCAGUAAAUCCACUCGUAUUUUUAUUACAGGUUUACGAAAUUGCUGGUGCACAUUGCUCUUGGCAUGGUGAAUAUGCGUGGUAAAUUUAGUGGCGACACCAUUCAAAAUGGAAGCCACAGAAGCAAUUAAAUCCCUUCACCUGGUAUGGUAAAUUUGCUAUUGCUCCUGUUGAGAUUCCUUUGAAACAACGGGUUACCCAUCAUCAUGCCCUUGCUCGUAUUUUUAUUACAUUUUUACGAAAUUCCCGGUGCACAUUGCCCUUGGCAUUGUGAAUACGCAUGGUAAAUUUAGUGGCGACACCAUUCAAAAUGGAAGCCACCGAAGCAAUCAAAUUCCUUCACCUGGUAUGGUAAAUUUGCUAUUGCUCCUGUUGAGAUUCCUUUGAAACAACGGGUUACCCAUCAUCAUGCCUUUGCUCGUAUUUUUAUCACAGGUUUACGAAAUUGCUGGUGGACAUUGCUCUUGGCAUGGUGAGUAUGCAUGGUAAAUUUAAUGGAAACACCAUUCAAAAUGGAAGCCACAGAAGCAAUCAAAUUCCUUCACCUGGUAUGGUAAAUUUGCUAUUGCUCCUGUUGAGAUUCCUUUGAAACAACGGGUUACCCAUCAUCAUGCUCUUGCUCGUAUUUUUAUUACAGGUUUACGAAAUUGCUGGUGCACAUUGCUCUUGGCAUGGUGAAUAUGCAUGGUAAAUUUAGUGGCGACACUAUUCAAAAUGGAAGCCACAGAAGCAAUCAAAUCCCUUCACCUGGUAUGGUAAAUUUGCUAUUGCUCCUGUUGAGAUUCCUUUGAAACGACGGGUUACCCAUCAUCAUGCUCUUGCUCGUAUUUUUAUUACAGGUUUACGAAAUUGCUGGUGCACAUUGCUCUUGGCAUGGUGAAUAUGCGUGGUAAAUUUAGUGGCGACACCAUUCAAAAUGGAAGCCACAGAAGAAAUCAAAUCCCUUCACCUGGUAUGGUAAAUUUGCUAUUGCUCCUGUUGAGAUUCCUUAGAAACAACGGGUUACUCAUCAUCAUGCCCUUGCUCGUAUUUUUAUCACAGGUUUACAAAAUUGCUGGUGCACAUUGCUCUUGGUAUGGUGAAUAUGCAAGGUAAAUUUGGUGGCGACACCAUUCAAAAUGGAAGCCACAGAAGCAAUCAAAUCCCUUCACCUGGUAUGGUAAAUUUGCUAUUGCUCCUGUUGAGAUUCCUUUGAAACAACGGGUUACCCAUCAUCAUGCCCUUGCUCGUAUUUUUAUUACAUUUUUACGAAAUUCCCGGUGCACAUUGCUCUUGGCAUUGUCAAUACGCAUGGUAAAUUUGGUGGCGACACCAUUCAAAAUGGAAGCCACAGAAGCAAUCAAAUCCCUUCACCUUGUAUGGUAAAUCUGCUAUUGCUCCUGUUGAGAUUCCUUUGAAACAACGGGUUACCCAUCAUCAUGUUCUUGCUCGUAUUUUUAUCACAGGUUUAAGAAAUUGAUGCUGCGCAUUGCUCUUGGUAUGGUGAAUACGCAUAGUAAAUUUGGUGGCGACACCAUUUAAAAUGGAAGCGACAGAAGCAAUCAAAUCCCUUCACCUGGUAUGGUAAAUCUGCUAUUGCUCCUGUUGAGAUUCCUUUGAAACAACGGGUUACCCAUCAUCAUGCCCUUGCUCGUAUUUUUAUCACAGGUUUACGAAAUUACUGGUGCACAUUGCACUUGGCAUGUUGAAUAUGCAUGGUAAAUUUUGUUGCGACACCAUUCAAAAUGGAAGCCACAGAAGCAAUCAAAUUCCUUCACCUGGUAUGGUAAAUUUGCUAUUGCUCCUGUUGAGAUUGCUUUGAAACAAUGGGUAACCCAUCAUCAUGCUCUUGCUCGUAUUUUUAUUACAGGUUAACGAAAUUGCUGGUGCACAUUGCACUUGGCAUGGUGAAUAUGCACGGUAAAUUUGAUGGCGACACCAUUCAAAAUGCAAGCCACAGAAGCAAUCAAAUCCCUUCACCUGGUAUGGUAAAUUUGCUAUUGCUCCUGUUGAGAUUCCUUUGAAACAACGGGUUAGCCAUCAUCAUGCCCUUGCUCGUAUUUUUAUUACAUUUUUACGAAAUUCCCGGUGCACAUUGUUCUUGGCAUUGUGAAUACGCAUGGUAAAUUUAGUGGCGACACCAUUCAAAAUGGAAGCCACAGAAGCAAUCAAAUUCCUUCACCUGGUAUGGUAAAUUUGCUAGUGCUACUGUUGAGAUUCCUUUGAAAAAAUGGGUACCCAUCAUCAUGCCCUUGCUCGUAUUUUUAUUACAGGUUUACGAAAUUGCUGGUGCACAUUACACUUGGCAUGGCGAAUACGCAUGGUAAAUUUGGUUGCGACACCAUUCAAAAUGAAAGCCACAGAAGCAAUUAAAUCCCUUCACCUGGUAUGGUAAAUUUGCUAUUGCUCCUGUUGAGAUUCCUUUGAAACAACGGGUUACCCAUCAUCAUGCCCUUGCUCGUAUUUUUAUCACAGGUUUACGAAAUUGCUGCUGCACAUUACCAUAGGCAAGGUGAAUACGCAUGGUAAAUUUGGUGGCGACACCGUUCAAAAUGGAAGCCACAGAAGCAAUCAAAUCCCUUCACCUGGUAUGCUAAAUCAGCUAUGGCUCCUGUUGAGAUUCCUUUGAAACAACGGGUUACCCAUCAUCAUGUUCUUGCUCGUAUUUUUAUUACAGGUUUACGAAAUUGCUGCUGCGCAUUGCUCUUGGCAUGGUGCAUAUGCAUGGUAAAUUUGAUGGCGACACCAUUCAAAAUGGAAGCAACAGAAGCAAUCAAAUCCCUUCACCUGGUAUGGUAAAUUUGCUAUUGCUCCUGUUGAGAUUCCUUUGAAACAACGGGUUACCCAUCAUCAUGCCCUUGCUCGUAUUUUUAUUACAGGUUUACGAAAUUGCUGGUGCACAUUGCUCUUGGUAUGGGAAAAUGCAUGGUAAAUUUAGUGGCGACACCAUUCAAAAUGGAAGCCACAGAAGCAAUCAAAUCCCUUCACCUGGUAUGGUAAAUUUGCUAUUGCUCCUGUUGAGAUUCCUUUGAAACAACGGGUUACCCAUCAUGAUGCUCUUGCUCGUAUUUUUAUUACAGGUUUACGAAAUUGCUGGUGCACAUUGCUCUUGGCAUGGUGAAUAUGCAUGGUAAAUUUAGUGGCGACACCAUUCAAAAUGGAAGCCACAGAAGCAAUCAAAUCCCUUCACCUGGUAUGGUAAAUUUGCUAUUGCUCCUGUUGAGAUUCCUUUGAAACAACGGGUUACUCAUCAUCAUGCCCUUGCUCGUAUUUUUAUCACAGGUUUACAAAAUUGCUGGUGCACAUUGCUCUUGGUAUGGUGAAUAUGCAAGGUAAAUUUGGUGGCAACACCAUUCAAAAUGGAAGCCACAGAAGCAAUCAAAUCCCUUCACCUGGUAUGGUAAAUUUGCUAUUGCUCCUGUUGAGAUUCCUUUGAAACAACGGGUUACCCAUCAUCAUGUCCUUGCUCGUAUUUUUAUCACAGGUUUAUGAAAUUGCUGGCGCACAUUGCUCUUGGUAUGGUGAAUAUGCAAGGUAAAUUUGGUGGCAACACCAUUCAAAAUGGAAGCCACAGAAGCAAUCAAAUCCCUUCACCUGGUAUGGUAAAUUUGCUAUUGCUCCAUUUGAGAUUCCUUUGAAACAACGGGUUACCCAUCAUCAUGCCCUUGCUCGUAUUUUUAUUACAUUUUUACGAAAUUCCCGGUGCACAUUGCUCUUGGCAUUGUCAAUACGCAUGGUAACUUUAGUAGCGACACCGUUCAAAAUGGAAGCCACAGAAGCAAUCAAAUCCCUUCACCUGGUAUGGUAAAUUUGCUAUUGCUCCUGUUGAGAUUCCUUUGAAACAACGGGUUACCCAUCAUCAUGUCCUUGCUCGUAUUUUUAUCACAGGUUUAUGAAAUUGCUGGUGCACAUUGCACUUGGCAUGUCGAAUACGCAUCGUAAAUUUCGGGGCGACACCAUUCAAAAUGGAAGCCACAGAAGCAAUGAAAUCCCUUCACCUGGUAUGGUAAAUUUGCUAUUGCUCCUGUUGAGAUUCCUUUGAAACAACGGGUUACCCAUCAUCAUGCCCUUGCUCGUAUUUUUAUUACAGGUUUACGAAAUUGCUGGUGCACAUUGCUCUUGGCAUGGUGAAUACGCAUGGUAAAUUUAGUGGCGACACCAUUCAAAAUGGAAGCCACAGAAGCAAUCAAAUCCCUUCACCUGGUAUGGUAAAUUUGCUAUUGCUCCUGUUGAGAUUCCUUUGAAACAACGAGUUACCCAUCAUCAUGCUCUUGCUCGUAUUUUUAUUACAGGUUUACGAAAUUGCUGGUGCACAUUGCUCUUGGCAUGGUGAAUAUGCAUGGUAAAUUUAGUGGCGACACCAUUCAAAAUGGAAGCCACAGAAGCAAUCAAAUCCCUUCACCUGGUAUGGUAAAUUUGCUAUUGCUCCUGUUGAGAUUCCUUUGAAACAACGGGUUACUCAUCAUCAUGCCCUUGCUCGUAUUUUUAUCACAGGUUUACAAAAUUGCUGGUGCACAUUGCUCUUGGUAUGGUGAAUAUGCAAGGUAAAUUUGGUGGCAACACCAUUCAAAAUGGAAGCCACAGAAGCAAUCAAAUCCCUUCACCUGGUAUGGUAAAUUUGCUAUUGCUCCUGUUGAGAUUCCUUUGAAACAACGGGUUACUCAUCAUCAUGCCCUUGCUCGUAUUUUUAUCACAGGUUUACAAAAUUGCUGGUGGACAUUGCUCUUGGUAUGGUGAAUAUGCAAGGUAAAUUUGGUGGCUAACACCAAAAUAAAACCACAGAAGCAAUCAAAAAUCCCUUCACCUGGUAUGAAAGGUAAAAAUUUGCUAUUGCUCCGUUUUGGGGUCCCUUUGAGCACCCAUCAUCAUGCCCUUGCUCGUAUUUUUAUUACAUUUUUGAGAAUUCCAGUGCACAUUGCUUUCUUGGCAUUGUCAAUACGCAUGGUAACUUUAGUAGCAACACCGUUCAAAAUGGAAGCCACAGAAGCAAUCAAAUCCCUUCACCUGGUAUGGUAAAUUUGCUAUUGCUCCUGUUGAGAUUCCUUUGAAACAACGGGUUACCCAUCAUCAUGUCCUUGCUCGUAUUUUUAUCACAGGUUUAUGAAAUUGCUGGUGCACAUUGCACUUGGCAUGUCGAAUACGCAUCGUAAAUUUCGGGGCGACACCAUUCAAAAUGGAAGCCACAGAAGCAAUGAAAUCCCUUCACCUGGUAUGGUAAAUUUGCUAUUGCUCCUGUUGAGAUUCCUUUGAAACAACGGGUUACCCAUCAUCAUGCCCUUGCUCGUAUUUUUAUUACAGGUUUACGAAAUUGCUGGUGCACAUUGCUCUUGGCAUGGUGAAUAUGCAUGGUAAAUUUAGUGGCGACACCAUUCAAAAUGGAAGCCACAGAAGCAAUCAAAUCCCUUCACCUGGUAUGGUAAAUUUGCUAUUGCUCCAUUUGAGAUUCCUUUGAAACAACGGGUUACCCAUCAUCAUGCCCUUGCUCGUAUUUUUAUUACAUUUUUACGAAAUUCCCGGUGCACAUUGCUCUUGGCAUUGUCAAUACGCAUGGUAACUUUAGUAGCGACACCGUUCAAAAUGGAAGCCACAGAAGCAAUCAAAUCCCUUCACCUGGUAUGGUAAAUUUGCUAUUGCUCCUGUUGAGAUUCCUUUGAAACAACGGGUUACCCAUCAUCAUGCCCUUGCUCGUAUUUUUAUUACAUUUUUACGAAAUUCCCGGUGCACAUUGUUCUUGGCAUUGUGAAUACGCAUGGUAAAUUUAGUGGCGACACCAUUCAAAAUGGAAGCCACAGAAGCAAUCAAAUUCCUUCACCUGGUAUGGUAAAUUUGCUAUUGCUACUGUUGAGAUUCCUUUGAAAAAAUGGGUACCCAUCAUCAUGCCCUUGCUCGUAUUUUUAUUACAGGUUUACGAAAUUGCUGGUGCACAUUGCACUUGGCAUGGCGAAUACGCAUGGUAAAUUUGGUUGCGACACCAUUCAAAAUGAAAGCCACAGAAGCAAUUAAAUCCCUUCACCUGGUAUGGUAAAUUUGCUAUUGCUCCUGUUGAGAUUCCUUUGAAACAACGGGUUACCCAUCAUCAUGCCCUUGCUCGUAUUUUUAUCACAGGUUUACGAAAUUGCUGCUGCACAUUACCAUAGGCAAGCUGAAUACGCAUGGUAAAUUUGGUGGCGACACCAUUCAAAAUGGAAGCCACAGAAGCAAUCAAAUCCCUUCACCUGGUAUGCUAAAUCAGCUAUGGCUCCUGUUGAGAUUCCUUUGAAACAACGGGUUACCCAUCAUCAUGUUCUUGCUCGUAUUUUUAUUACAGGUUUACGAAAUUGCUGCUGCGCAUUCCUCUUGGCAUGGUGAAUAUGCAUGGUAAAUUUGAUGGCGACACCAUUCAAAAUGGAAGCAACAGAAGCAAUCAAAUCCCUUCACCUGGUAUGGUAAAUUUGCUAUUGCUCCUGUUGAGAUUCCUUUGAAACAACGGGUUACCCAUCAUCAUGCCCUUGCUCUUAUUUUUAUCACAGGUUUACGAAAUUGCUGGUGCACAUUGCUCCUGGUAUGGUGAAUACGCAUGGUAAAUUUAGUGGCGACACCAUUCAAAAUGGAAGCCACAGAAGCAAUCAAAUCCCUUCACCUGGUAUGGUAAAUUUGCUAUUGCUCCUGUUGAGAUUCCUUUGAAACAACGGGUUACCCAUCAUCAUGCUCUUGCUCGUAUUUUUAUUACAGGUUUACGAAAUUGCUGGUGCACAUUGCUCUUGGCAUGGUGAAUAUGCAUGAUAAAUUUAGUGGCGACACCAUUCAAAAUGGAAGCCACAGAAGCAAUCAAAUCCCUUCACCUGGUAUGGUAAAUUUGCUAUUGCUCCUGUUGAGAUUCCUUUGAAACAACGGGUUACUCAUCAUCAUGCCCUUGCUCGUAUUUUUAUCACAGGUUUACAAAAUUGCUGGUGGACAUUGCUCUUGGUAUGGUGAAUAUGCAAGGUAAAUUUGGUGGCAACACCAUUCAAAAUGGAAGCCACAGAAGCAAUCAAAUCCCUUCACCUGGUAUGGUAAAUUUGCUAUUGCUCCAUUUGAGAUUCCUUUGAAACAACGGGUUACCCAUCAUCAUGCCCUUGCUCGUAUUUUUAUUACAUUUUUACGAAAUUCCCGGUGCACAUUGCUCUUGGCAUUGUCAAUACGCAUGGUAACUUUAGUAGCGACACCAUUCAAAAUGGAAGCCACAGAAGCAAUCAAAUCCCUUCACCUGGUAUGGUAAAUUUGCUAUUGCUCCUGUUGAGAUUCCUUUGAAACAACGGGUUACCCAUCAUCAUGCCCUUGCUCGUAUUUUUAUCACAGGUUUAUGAAAUUGCUGGUGCACAUUGCACUUGGUAUGGCGAAUACGCAUGGUAAAUUUGGUUGCGACACCGUUCAAAAUGAAAGCCACAGAAGCAAUUAAAUCCCUUCACCUGGUAUGGUAAAUUUGCUAUUGCUCCUGUUGAGAUUCCUUUGAAACAACGGGUUACCCAUCAUCAUGUCCUUGCUCGUAUUUUUAUCACAGGUUUAUGAAAUUGCUGGUGCACAUUGCACUUGGCAUGUCGAAUACGCAUCGUAAAUUUCGGGGCGACACCAUUCAAAAUGGAAGCCACAGAAGCAAUGAAAUCCUUCAUCUGGUAUGGUAAAUUUGCUAUUGCUCCUGUUGAGAUUCCUUUGAAACAACGGGUUACCCAUCAUCAUGCCCUUGCUCGUAUUUUUAUUACAGGUUUACGAAAUUGCUGGUGCACAUUGCUCUUGGUAUGGGAAAAUGCAUGGUAAAUUUAGUGGCGACACCAUUCAAAAUGGAAGCCACAGAAGCAAUCAAAUCCCUUCACCUGGUAUGGUAAAUUUGCUAUUGCUCCUGUUGAGAUUCCUUUGAAACAACGGGUUACCCAUCAUCAUGCUCUUGCUCGUAUUUUUAUUACAGGUUUACGAAAUUGCUGGUGCACAUUGCUCUUGGCAUGGUGAAUAUGCAUGGUAA